AUGAAAUUUGAAGAAAACGACCCGGCUUCAUUUGAAAACACCGGCGCUAUGGCUGACGAGGAAUGCCUAGGAACUGUUUUUGAGGAAAACGCCGCAACAAUGGGUUUAGAAAACUCAGAAGAUAAACAAAAAGAAACGUUCUUGAUAGCUCCUGAAGAAGGCGAGCAUAUUUCAAGCCUACAAUCGGAUCGUUGGCGAAAAUUAACCAGACAAAUUCGUGGAGCGAUUGCAAUUAAAAACGCAGCCGUGAAACCGAAUCGCAGAAGAACUGGUCGAAAAUCUACAACUAAUAUCGACCCUUUCCUGCAGAAAUUUAGCACGAGAGAGAUAGGGCUUGCUACGCAAGUCUCUGGAACCUCAUUGCAUUCAAUCGAAGAGGAAAACGAAAAUCGUUCGCCUGGAGAAGAUGCGCCACAAGAUAUAGACGAGGAUCAAAGCUCAGAUCCUUGCCUAUUUAAUGCAUCUUUUACACUAAGUGACCUUUACCCGACCGGGGUUAUUGACCCCGAUGGCGCAUUUAUAUAUUACUGGAUGUAUCUGCUUAUAACUGCAGUACGCUACAAUCUGUGGGUGAUCAUUCUACGUGUUGCUUUUGUAGAAUCUCAAGAGAAUUACGUAACUCUAUGGUGGGCCUUAGACUCUGCAGCUGAUCUCAUAUAUUUACUGGACAUAUUUGUCAACUGUCGGGUAGGGUUUUUCGAACAAGGAAUUUUGGUACGAGAUCCGAAACUCGCUUGCUGGCGCUACAUUUUUAGCUGGAAGUUUUUUCUGGACAUCAUUUCAAUAUUGCCUUUGGAAUUGCUGUAUUUUAAGAUGGGAAUUAAACCAAUUUUACGUUUCCCAAGAUUGUUGAAGACUUAUAAAUCACAAGAAAUAAAAGCGAAAGUCGAAGGUCGCGCGAAUCAUCCCACGAUAGUUCGCGUAUUUUUUCUCGUACAUUUGAUGUUUUUGCUGCUCCACUGGAAUGCUGGGAUAUAUUUUCUCAUCUCGCGCGCCGAGGGAUUUGGUUUGAAUGAUUGGGGUUAUCCAGCAUUGAACGGUAGUUAUAAUACGCUGACCAGAAAAUACGUGCACUCGUUUUAUUGGUCUGCCCUGACGUUGACCACUAUAGGAGACCUUCCGUCACCCGAAACGAAUGUCGAGUAAGUUCCGCAUUACUAGUGCUGGUCAUUGCGAGGGUGGCCAACUUCCACUGUAUAGGAUCAACUUAACGUGAUGGAAAUUGCCCAUUUCAAUGUUUAUUUACACUUUGGAGAAAUGUAAUAUUUUGGUCUUAUUGUCAUGUUAAUCAGGGCGCAUUCUUUCGUGCCUAAAAUAUAGACUGAAAAGAACCCUUCUCUCAAAAGUGUAAAUAAUAAGUACGGUUGGUUUGUGUGUGUUCUUUUACCACUGUGACCGGGGUUUGUCUCCUACAGUAUGCAUGAGUAUGCAGUUGUCUCGUAAUUUCUAGUAAACUGUAGAAAACUUAGUAACAUCGGAUCAAUAAGGAUUACCCUCACCGGAGUAUCGGACUAUGGGAAAAACAGUUUAGAACUGAUAGAGCUACCCAGUAUAAAUAAAGUUAGUUUAGUUUAGGUUUCCUCCUGUAGUAACACUGGAUCAAUAAGAGAUGAUCCUUACUGGACCUCUAGGAUGACUGAUAGAGCUAUCCAGUAUAAAUAAAUAUUACUUUCUAAACAUUUUCAAUUUUACUUUUUAGGUACUUUUAUACAAUUGCGUGUUAUCUUUCUGGAGUCUUUGUAUUUGCUAUGAUUGUUGGUUAGUAUCAUAACCCUUCUCAUUGUCAUUUUUGGAAAUUUUAUACGGACAUCCUAUUUAGAUUUUUGUUUCCGCAGCCAAACCAUGAACGAACAAACAAUUUUCAUCUCCGGUAUUUUUAUCUCAGGUAACGCAGGCAGCAUAAUUCUUGACAGGAACGCAAGUCGUAUGGAAUUUGAAAAACAAAGAGUAAGUUUGAAUAUAAAACAAAAAAAUUGAAUGUUUGAAUAUUGUUCAGCAUGAGAAAGACAUAUGAAACAGGUAAUUUUAACUUAUGAAAGCAAUAUUUUCCAGGAUAACGCUAAAAACUACAUGAAGAUUCACAAUGUACCUGGCGAUCUUCAAAGAAGAGUUGUCAAGUGGUAUGAUUAUUCCUGGUCAAGGUGAGGGAGAAUAAUGGUUUACUAAUUUUAUUUAUAUUGGAUCAUCACUUUUGGACUUUUUUCCGUAAGGUUAAUUCCUUAUUGCUCCACUGUUACUACAGAGAAAAGCUGAACUAUAAACUAUAUUCUAUUUAUACUGGAUAGUUUUUAAUUUCUAAUCUGUUCUUCCUAGAGGUCCAGCAGUAAGGGUCAUCUCUUAUUGAUCCAGUGUUACUACAGGAGGAAACCUAAACUAAUCUUAUUUAUACUGGAUAGCUCUAUCAGUUCUAAACUGUUCUUCCUAGAGGUCCAGUAAGGAUCAUCUCUUAUUGAUCCAGUGUUACUACAGGAGGAGACCUAACUUGGUUAACUUUAUUUUUUAUGCUUAAUAGCUUUCCAGUCUUGAACUAUUCUUGUGCGCCCAUAGAAAACUAUAUUUCAAUUUCUUUUUCUAGAGGGCGUAUGAGUGGCGGUGGUGGAGAUUUAAAUUCGUUGCAUCUUCUUCCUGAUAAGAUGAAGACUGAGAUUGCCCUUCACGUGCAUUUGGAAACGUUGAGGAAGGUAAACGUUAUCCGAUGCAUCGCCACCAUGUUCAUGAAGUAGUGAUGACGUUUGAAUGUUCUUUUCUUCAUUUCUCUACAGGUGACAUUUCUACAGAACUGUGAACCAGAGUUUAUGCAUGAACUGCUGUUGAAAAUGAAACUUCACAUUUUUACUCCUGGUGAUUUGAUCAUAAGACAUGGGGAAAUUGCGAGAGAGAUGUACCUCAUAGCACAUGGAAGAAUUGAAGUGAUCAGGUGAGUUUAUAAAGUUUAAAGUCCAGAGGUUGAUUUUAAAACACAUUCGAAGAUCUCCUUAUAAACACCUCGCCAAGUCAGACAUCCCUCUAAUAUAGGGGCAUCUCUCUGAGCAGACGUUUCGCUAAGAAGCCGCCCUCAACAAGAGACCUCUCAAAUAUGGACAUCUCUCUAAUGGGAGUACCUCUCUAAUACACGUAUCUCUCUAAUACAGGUACCUUUCUAAUAGGGGUACCUCUCUAAUACGAGUACGUGUUCGUGUUAGAGAGGUCCGACCGUAAUUCUUAAAUCUGAUGUUUUAGUGAAACAGGAAAGGUUUUAAAGGAACUUGGUUCAGGAGACUUUUUUGGUGAAAUUGGCAUAUUAUCUCUUAGCGAGGGACAGAAUAGGUACUUUAUUAUUUUCUCAUGCUGCAGUUUGUUCUGUACGUAGCCUAGCUCUACUAGUUGUCGCUUUCAGCCAUGAAUGCUUGCCUAUCUUAAACUCAAAUUUUUAUCUAUUCAGGAGAACGGCAGAUGUGAGGUCAAUCGGUUAUACAGAAUGUUUUGUUCUUUCCAAAGAUGACGUACUUGGUGAAAUUCAUCAAUUUCCGCGGGCUCAGGUAUCAUUCUCAUCCAUACUUCUAGUUAGACUCUCUGAUUUCAUUCCUGCAAUAAGCAAUUGUCUGAUUAUAAUCUUGCAUGGACGGUCUGUGCACGUAAAAACCCAACCGUUGUUUGUUGAGCUCAACAGAAUUGUUACAAGUUGCUUCAACAACUUGUUACCGUCCUGUAAUACAACAACUUGUUAACAAAACAAUAACAGCAUUGCUAAACAACAGCAUUGCUACAACUUAUUGACAAACUUGAUACAAGCUAGAGUAUCCAAUCAGGGUAAUCAGGCUUCCUCCUGUAGUGACAGGAUCAACAGGGAAUUAUUCUGACUGGACCUUUACGAAGAAUAAACAUGACAUGUUUCAUUACUUUUACGAUGCAUUCCUUGAUCAUAUUUUCAGAAAAUCCUGGCAGAGUAUGGUAAAAAACGUCUUAAAAACACGAGUGGUGAUCCCCGACUAGUCAAACUGGACGGUCAAGACUCGCCGGUCGCGAGAAACCGCUGGAAAGCCACGCGGUCUCACGUGGUUAACAUGCUAAAUGAGAAACAAAGCCCUGGCAAUGAAAGUGAUCAAAGUUUGAAAUCUAUUACCAGAGACGUAGUCAUUCCUUCCUUGAAUUCGCCUUGUGACGUUACAGACGGCAGCUCUGACAAGAAAACAAUGUCAAACAGCUCUAAUAGUGGACAAAAUAAUGGUCCAGGUGAUCAAUCAAGUCGAUCACGUGAUGAGUCUAGUCAAUCACGUGACUACUCAAGUCAAUCACGUGAUCAAUCUACUAAUUCACGUGAUCACUUGAGUGAAUUACAUUGUCAAAACCCAAAUGCACGUGAAGCUCAUGCUGGAAACACGCAUGAAGCACGUGAUACAAACACACAUGAUAUGAACGAUAAAGCUGAUGUAAACAUGGCUAAAACAGAGAACAAUAACUCACGAGAGAAUAAUUGCCAAAUUCGUGGAAGUUCCCGCGUGUCACGCACACGUGAUUCAGUCACACGCCAGCCACGUGAUAUUGGUACAUGUUUGAACACGUUGGAUUAUUUGAAAGCCGUCUUGCAAAGCACUAUGGUAAGUCCUUGAGUAUCAAAUAUUUUAUCUCUUGCUCUGUGAUGUAAUCUGUCUGUGCCGGUGCAGGGAGCGUAACAACUUGUCCAGCGAAAGGCCCUGGGAUCGAGGUUGUAUCGCAAGUUGUCAGCAAGUUUGGAACAAGCUGUUAACAACUUGUAACAAACUUGUUGGUAUUAUCAGACUUGUUGCAAGGUUGUUCCAACAAGUCCGAUACAGUCAUGAUGUAACAAUAUUGUUACAACCUUGUAACAUUCUUGUUAUAUCAUGAUUGUAUCAGACUUGUUAGGACAACCUUGUAACAAGUCUGAUAAUUUUUUCUGUGUUGGUGUAGUGUACUCAGGUGAAUAUGAUAUUUGUGGUGUUACUCUGAGUGUAUAUCCACACCGGGCGAGCUUGAAAAAUAUGCCCGGCCACCGUGGGAUUCGAACCUACGACCUUUGGAAUACUAGCCCAAUGCUCUUCCAAAUGAGCUACGCGGUCAAGACGGUUCGAGUAAGUGAUAUUUCGGAACAGAAUCCAGUUCCUUCGAUACCAAUGUAUUCUAGUAACCGUGGCCGGGCAUAUUUUUCAAGCUCGCCCGGUGUGGAUAUACAUUCAGAGUAACACCACAAAUAUCAAGUCUGAUAAUGCCAUCAAGCUUGUCACAAGUUGUUAACAGUUUGUUCCAAACUUGUUAUAACAACUGGGAACAAGCAGUGCGAAUACAACUUGUCGACAGCUUGUGAACAUUUAAAGUUUGUUCGUUCACUGCAACCAGGUAUACCAGAGUAGCGAGCGAAACAAACCAGAGUAGCGAGCGAAACAAGCUUAUGAACAGAUUUGUAACAACUUGUGCGUUUUUACGUGUGUAUAAUUUAACAUUAUGUUCUCACUCUGAUAACUCGUGCAUGUUGAGCAAUGUCUGAUACACAAUAAUGCACAGUGAAACGCCUUUUUAUCAAGUUCAGUGAAUUUUUUAGCACGAAACGGAAAAACAGAAUGAAUAUGUGUCACAAAUAGAGCGCGAACUGGCGAAAGAAAUUGAACGAGCACAUGAAGCUGAACAGAAAAUAAAAAGCCAGGUACAAUUUCAUGCUUCGUAUUAAGAAAUCACAAAUGGACAUUGUAUUUUGUAAAUGUCGUAAAUUUUAGCCAGGAUUUUAACAAUAUCCUUUACUUUCACAGGAGGAAGAAAUACGUAGACUUCUGGAAAUCAACCAGACUCUUAAUGAAAGAGUAAAACAAAAAGAUAGCAGGAUUUCUGAAAUAGAAGAUGUUCUACAAGUGAGUUCGACACUUGGUGUGAUACUAGCUUGUUUAUACCCGUUGUCAGCCUAGCAACCACUGUUUAAUAAGGGAUUGGAAUUAUAUAUGUCGCUGAGAUUUAAGCAGAGUUGUGCGGUUAAAUUUUUUGAACUAUUUUUCACAGCUAUCAGAUUGCAACACAGAAAACAUAGUCAGGAGGAGCGGAAGUCAAAAAGAAAGAAAAAUGGGCAGUGUUUGUGUGGAACUGUCUGAAGACUUGA